AUGGUCUCUCAGCCGGAGCCGCACGCUCGCCGUCGCGGCCCUUCGUCCGCCAUCAUCCCCCGCUACUCAUCCGGCUCAUCGUCCCGUGAAAAACGAUACAAUCGCUCGCAUGCCGGCGGCACAUCAUCGCAUGUCUUGAGGAAUGAGUUUCCGAUAUUCACGCAGAGCGGCGAUGUCGACAUAGUCAUCCGCGCAGGGCCGCUCGAAAAGACAUACCUCCUCCAUAAACACACGCUCACGCGAUGCAGCGGCUUCUUCGAGGCCAGCACCUCGGACGAGUGGUCGCGGGCGACUACUGUAAAUCCUACUGCUGCUACUUCUACGACAAAAUCAAAGCCAGACGCAGCGCAGACACCAAAGCGUCUGGCGGCUGGCAAUGAGCUAACACGGGUGGGCAACGCAUCAACAACAGACAUCGCCACAUCCCAGCCAACAGCUCCCCCAACUCCUCCUCUCUCUGCGACAUUCCAACCCAAACGCUGGCGAUACGAACUCGACUGGGGCUCCUCCGAGGAUGACAUCCCCAUGCUUGUCCAGAAAGAGGCCCAGUCGACCCCGGCACCUCUACAUUCGUCCAUCUUCGGCAACGUCCCGCCCAUAUCACGAACCAUGCAGCGCGCCCACACUCACUCCGUCUCUCUCGACAAUUCUUCCUCUGCCCGCCGCUCCUCCUUCUCCCGCUCCGUCGCCAAUCUCUCUCUCCACCACGCCGCCACCACCGGCCCUACCGCCGUCGUUGCAGCCCCCGAGGAACAGGACAUCCUCCGCGACUACGACAACCUCUUCCGCAUCUUCUACAACUACCCGCCCCUACUAGACGGCAUCAACGUCGCCGACGCCUAUGUCCAGUGCAAGCGCCUCCUCUCGCUAGCCGAUCAGUACGACGCCCUUGCUGUAGUUGGCCCUCGCGUCGACCACCACCUGCUGCAGUUCCAAGCCCGCCUGUGGAAGCAAGUCGCAAAGUACCCCGUAUCCUACCUCCGUCUUGGAUAUCUCGCUCGGUCCAAGGUCAUUUUCCAAGAAGCCCUCGUCCAUGUCGUGGGUCAGUGGCCGUCGGGCGAACGUAGUCUUCGCGCGUCUCUUCCCAGCGCCGUGCUCGAUCUGAUAGAAGACAAGGUCGACGAACUCGAAGAAACAGUAUCCCGCGUCGAAGGCCGUCUUUUCCGCAUCACACUGCUAACAUCACGCGGCGAGCGAGUCACCCCGCAGACAAGCUACCUCGACUGGCUUGUCCUGAGCCUCUUCCGGCAAUGGCUCGCCGACAACACCACGCCGCAGCCCAACCCGUCCUCAAACCGCACCCGCUCCGCCCUGCCGUCCUCGGUUCCGCCCAUGUCUGCAGCUGGCCGGGCGUACCGGACAAUUGCGAGCCGGCCUUCGUCUGCAUAUCUAAAUCAUGCUGUCUGCAAGGACUUCCUGAAGCUCACACCCGAUCUGUAUAGUCGCGAUAAUCUGCGCCGCUUUGAGAAGCGGCUGGAGGAAGUCAAGUCUAUGGCUCGUGAAAUCGUAGCCCCCGUUAUGGGAAGCAGCCUAGAGCUGGAUAUCCUCAGCGGUGGAAGUAGCAGAGACUCGGGCAAGCCGUCAGAUGGCAUUGGAUACCUGACUUGCACGGCCAUUCGCGAUGCAGAUCUACCUUGGUCGCUGGACGACUAA